AUGACUGAUGAGGAAACUGAGUGCGGGGCAGGCGCGCCCUCUAGCGGCCGCAUUGCGCUCACUCUUGCCCGGCGGCGAGAGCGGCUCUGGGUCCUGCGCGGCGGCGUGGGAACCCACAUCUCCCAGCCAUCGGCCUGCUACGGACCUACCUCCCCCGGGAAGCAAGCUGUCUCUGAUGACUGUCGCUCCUCCUGGCUUCUCAGAGAUCCCACUGCGGCUGCGCACUCCACCCCGAUUACCAUGGAGACCGAUGGAGGCUGCGGGACCCAGGAUCUGGCGCCCAUGAACAUUAGGGCUCCAAGGGCGCUGACCGUGGGGAGAGUGAAGUUCUUCGGGCAGCACCGUGGAGAGGUCAACUGCUCUGCCUUCUCCCCCGACGGCAGGACACUGCUCACAGCCUCAGAGGAUGGCUGUGUGUAUGGCUGGGAGACGCAGAGCAGGCGGCUGCUGUGGAGGCUGGGUGGCCACACAGGCCCUGUGAAGUUCUGUCGAUUCUCCCCCGAUGGCCACCUCUUUGCCAGCUCCUCCGGUGACUGCACCAUCCGCCUGUGGGAUAUGACGACAGCCAAGUGUCUGCAGGUGCUUAAUGGUCACCAUCGGAGCGUGGAGACAGUGAGCUUCAGCCCUGACUCAAAGCAGCUGGCAUCAGGAGGCUGGGACAAGCAGGUGAUACUUUGGGAGGUGCAGUCUGGCCAGGCCCUGCGACGCUUAGCUGGUCACAGGGACUCCAUCCAGAGCAGUGACUUCUCUCCCAGUACUGACUGCUUGGCCACUGGCUCAUGGGACUCCAGUGUCCGCAUCUGGGACCUGAGGGUGGGGACCCCAGCUGGCAUCUACCAGGAGUUGGAGGGCCACAGUGGAAACAUCAGCUGCCUGUGCUACUCGGCUUCUGGCCUCCUGAGCCCCAGGCUGGCGUCAGGGUCCUGGGACAAGACCGUCCGUGUCUGGAAGCCCACAACCAGCAGCCUGCUCAUCCAGCUCAAGGGCCAGGUCAACUGGGUGAAGAGUGUAGCAUUCUCACCUGAUGAGCUGCAGCUGGCCAGUGCCGGCUACUCCUGCGUGGUGAAAGUGUGGGACCUCAAAACUGGAAAGUGCCUUGAGAACCUGAAGGGAGCCCUGGAUGUGGCCCAUGCCUGUGUCUUCACCUCCAAAGGGAAACUCUUGGUAUCUGGAGCUGCUGAUCACCAAAAAUGACAAGUCCACUGCACAAGUCACCCAGCACCCUUCAAGGGAUGUACCACCACUGUGGCUAUUCCUCAAACCUGAUUGUCCCUUGUCCCUGCCAAGGGCUCAAAGACAGUUCCACACCAGAGGCUCGAAGUAACUGAGAACACCAUCAGAUCCCUGUGGCGUGGACAAUCCCACUGCGUAACAGGAUAGCCAACAGCUACCAGCAGGAACCUGCCCCGCACCUGGUACUAGUCCCCACCU